GUCAGUUUGUUUGCUUGUGUGUUUUAAUUCCUAAUCUUCGCUGUUUACCUGGUUUUGUCUGAGAACAGCUUUGUGACCAUCCUGGAAUUCAACCUCUGGGCAAGGUUCUUCCUUGCUGCCGCCAAAGCAGCUCACAGCUGGACUAAGUCAAAAGAGGACAGCUGGGAAGCUGCCCGAACCUGGAUGUUUCUCCUAGUCAGUCAUUUUCCCCAGCGCAGGCAGAUGGAUACCUCAAGCGAGAAUAUGGAGCCUCAAAGGCAGACUUUGAAGCCAGUGACGUCACUGUCUUUGGGAAGAUAUCACAUUUCUGAGGAGUAUGGCUUUCUACUUCAGAAUCCUCUGAAAGAACUCCCCGAUCAAUACAGGCCUUGGAUGGAGAUUGCCAGGGAACUUCCUCACUUAAUCGAGAGCCACCAGCUCCGGGCCCACGUGUACAAGUAGAUGCCCCUCCUGGACUCCAGGUUCCUAAAGAGUCAUCGUGAGCAACGUCUGGCACACCUGGUGCUGGCUGCUAUCACCAUGGGAUUCGUUUGGCAAGAAGGAGAGACCCAGCCCCCAAAGGUGCUGCCAAGAACUCUUGCCAUUCCUUUUGUUGAAGUCUCCAGGAAGUUGGGGCUCCCUCCCAUCCUGGUCCACUCUGACCUGGUGCUGACAAACUGGACCAAAAGGAAUCCAGAAGGACCGUGGGAAAUCAGUAACCUGGAAACCAUCAUCUCUUUUCCCGGGGGAGAGAGCCUGCAGGCCUUUGCACUGGUGACCGUUUUGGUGGAGAAGGCAGCCGCGCCUGGCAUUAAGGCCCUGGUUCGGGGAGUGGAGGCCGUUCUGCAACACAACCAGGACACCCUGCUCCAGGCCCUGCAGCAGCUGAGACUCUCCAUCCAGGACAUGGCCAAAGCCUUGGCCCAAAUGCAUGAUUAUGUAGACCCAGACAUAUUUUACACAGUCAUCCGGAUCUUCCUCUCUGGGUGGAAGGACAACCCAGCCAUGCCUGAAGGGCUGGUCUAUGAGGGUGUGACCACGGAGCCUUUGAGGUACUCGGGAGGAAGUGCAGCCCAGAGCUCUGUGCUUCAGGCCUUCGACGAGUUCCUGGGCAUUCAACAUUGCAAGGGAAGUGGAGACUUUCUGCACAGAAUGAGAGACCACAUGCCGCCUUCCCAUAAGGCCUUCCUGGAGGACCUGCAUUUGGCUCCUUCACUGAGGGACUACGUGCUGACCUCUGGGACUGGGUGCUGCCUGAUGGCCUACAACCAGUGUGUGGAGGCGCUGGCACAGCUGCGCAGUUACCACAUCAAUGUGGUGGCACGUUACAUCAUCUCCGCUGCUUCCAGGGCCAGGAGCAAGAUGCUGAGCCAUCCUGCGCCCCACGCCUUGGAGGACAGGGGCACCGGGGGAACCGCAGUGCUGAGCUUCCUGAAGAGUGUCAGGGAGAAGACCGUGGAGGCCAUCCUGCACCCUAAUGCUUAGCAGUUCACACCCCACAUCCUUGUACUUAGCAGUUCACACCCUGCAUCCUUAUGCUUAGCAGUUCACAUCCCACAUUCUUGUACUUAGCAGUUCACACCCCACAUCCUUGUACUUAGCAGUUCACACCCGCAUCCUUAUGCUUAGUAGUUCACACCCCACGUCCUUAUGCUUAGCAGUUCACACCCCACACCCUUGUACUUAGCAGUUCACACCCCACACCCUUGUACUUAGCAGUUCACACCCCGCAUCCUUAUGCUUAGCAGUUCACACCUUGCAUCCUUGUGCUUAGCAGUUCACACCCGCAUCCCUGUGCUUAGCAGUUCACACCCGCAUCCUUGUGCUUAUGCCCUGUGGGAGUCCAAGGCAGGACCAGAGCUCUACCUGAACCCAAGCAUCCUUUUGCUCCAAAGAACCCCAUGUUCUUUGUUCAUAAACUGUGACUCCCACUUCCACCCCACCCUCAGCCACUUUGCUUGCUAGAAACCUUUCUGCCCUGCUUGAUCCCGCUGCCUCACAGCCAAGAGCUGAAGCCAUGUCUCCAUUCAGUGGGCAAAUCAGAGAUACCCAACCUCAAUUUAAAAAGAAUCAAAUUGCCUUUGGGCUUCUCACCUCAUCUUUUCCUCCUCUCAAUCUCUUUCCCCCUUCCCUCUCUGUCCCCUCCCUCUCUCAUCCCCCACUUUCUCCUUUUCUUGUCUUCCCAUGUUUACCCCCUUUCCCUCCUCUCCACUCUGUCCCCAUCCCUCCUCCCCUUCUUCUCUCCCUUUGUCUUUGACACAGGAUGAAACUAUAUAGGCCAGACCAGCUUCCAGCUAGAACCUGUGAUCCCCCACCUCAACCUUCUGAGGUUAUGUAUAUGUACUAACUGCCACGAGCGCUCUUCUUUUCUUUUCCCCUGCUGGAGAUUACACCUGAGGUUUUGUACAUACCAGGCAAUUGCUCCACCACCGAGUUCCAGCCCCAGUUCUCUGUGUUUUUGAUUUUGAAAAAAAGUCUUAUGAGUUUCUUGGUCUGGUUUUGAGCUUUUUUAGCUCUUGCUAGACUUGUGUUUGAGUAUCUGGGAUGUCUAGGAAUGAACCAGUGAGCCACGUCGCUGCUGAUGACAAUGACGAUAAUGACGGUUGCCUCCCCUUUCCCCUCUUCCUCUUUGUUUAUUUUGGUUUUUAUUUUAAAACAGGUUCUUACCAUGUCUUAGCUCAGGUUGCCUUCGACUCAAGGCAGUCCUCCAAUCUCAGCCUCCCUUCCCUGCAUUGGGAUUGUAAGCAUGGUCCACCACAGCUGGCUAUAGAGUCUCUUAAUUCUCUGAGUCCCUACUGCGCUGCUCUACAGAGACUUGGUUGGGGGACCGUCUGUGAACAGGGACAGCCUUCUCCUCCCUGCCCACGCUGAAUUCAACAUUGAGGGUUAGACGCUCCAGUGGGGACAUGUGGAUGAGGGUGCUGGGCAUGCAAACCUAAAUGUCACCAGCUUGGGGACUCUCUGCAACUGAACUGGAACUGAUGCGUCUUCCCCACAUGGUGGAGUCAUCGCAAAUUCUAUUUUAAUUCCCUGCUCUAUUUUUAGGGUAAUGUUUUUCUUUUUCCUAGUGACACUGGAAUUUGUAUUUGAAAAAUGUUUUAAUUGACCCUUUGAAACUAAGUGAGCCAAAUAGGAAUAAAUAGAAAGUCCACAUGUUUCGGAUAUAAAUAAAUGUAACUGUUAUUUUUGAA